AUGGUCGCUCUUUCCCUCCUCGCUCUGGGGGCUUUGUUUACACAGGCAUUGACUGCUCCCACGGAAAGUGCCGUGGCUUCCGUGGUUCCUUCCACUUCUCCCGCUGAGAACCAAUUGGACAGCUUGGCCGGCUUGGCAUAUGAACACAUCCUCGAGAAUAUCGAGGCCGACUCUGAUCUCGAGAAGCGCAACAGUUGUUCAAUAAGAAACCUGCGCACUCGUCGCGAUUGGCGCACUUUCACCAAAACCCAGAAAAAGUCUUAUAUCAACUCCCUGCUAUGCUUGCAGAAGCUGCCUUCGCUCACUCCCCCGGAGCAGGCCCCUGGUGCCCGCUCCCGCUACGAUGACUUCGUCGCUACCCAUAUCAACCAGACCACCACUAUCCACUACACUGGAACCUUCCUAGCAUGGCACCGUUACUACAUCUAUACCUUCGAGCAAGCCCUGCGCAACGAGUGUGGCUACACUGGCGACUACCCAUACUGGAACUGGGGCUCUGACACCGACAACCUGGAGCGUUCGCCCGUCUUCGAUGGCAGCGAGACCUCCAUGUCCGGUAACGGCGCACCCGUCGAGCAGUCUGGCGACAUCCAGCUGACCAUGGGUGACUACCCAGUCAUUCACCUGCCAACUGGCAACGGCGGCGGUUGCGUGACCAGCGGACCUUUCAAGGACUACCAGGUCAACUUGGGGCCCGUGGCUCUAAUGCUUCCCGGCGGCGAGACCGGCAGUGCCGCUAACCCGCUUGCCUACAACCCGCGCUGCUUGAAGCGUGAUCUGAGCACCCAAAUUAUCAGGGACUACGCUAACUUCACUGCCAUCGUGGACCUGAUUCUUCGUCACGACAACAUCUACGAUUUCCAGAUGAAUAUGCAGGGUAUCCCCGGCAGCGGCAACAUCGGUGUCCACGGUGGUGGUCACUACUCCAUGGGCGGGGAUCCUUCCCGUGAUGUCUUUGUUAGCCCCGGUGACCCGGCUUUCUGGCUUCACCAUGGUAUGAUCGAUCGUACCUGGUGGAUUUGGCAGAAUUUGGACCCCCGUGAACGUACCAAUGCUAUUUCUGGGACUGGUACUUUCUUGAACGGACCUCCUUCCCCGAAUACCACUCUUGAUACCCCGAUUGACCUUGGAUAUGCUGGUGGUCAGACUGUCACCAUGCGUGAUCUCAUGAGCACCGUUUCUGGCCCUUUCUGCUAUGUCUACCUGUGA